AUGGUGUUGAUGGAACGCGAAGCAAAAAGGGCGCAAGCCCUAAGGGUGCAGGCUGAAGUUUUGAAGCAAUUGAAGGAAAGAGAAGAUAGAAAAAGAGAGGAGUUGGAGAGGAAAAAGAUUGAGGAAAGGCAGAGGGAUAAGCAGUUGGCGGAGCAAAGACAGAGGGAAGAUGAUCAGAGACGUCGAGAAUUGAGAGAACGUGAAGAAAAACAAGCUCGUGAAGACGAAAGAAGACGAGCUGCCGAAGAAGCCUUGAAAAAGGCUGCUGAAGAAGCUGAAAAACGAAGAAAAGAACGUAGGAAAUCCAGUAGACGAAGCAACGACCAGGUUGAUUCUGCAUUUGAGUCAGGAGCAUCCACUGGAAGCAGAACUCCAAACGAGCCUCAAAAUAACACAGUACUUAUAGGUUCACCUAUAAAAUUGCGAAAAACACAAAAACCUGUGAUGAAUGAAGAAACUACACCAGAUACUAAUAAAAACCAAGAAGAAAUUCCCGAUCAGAACGUAGAAGCAACCGACAAUCAAACAAAACCCUUGAUAAUUCCAAAAUCCCAAACACCAGUAAUAAACUACAUACACCCAAAUAUUUCCACAUACGUGGACAAUAAUGUGAACUCAUCAGAGUACUACCAGCUUUUGAGACCUCCAGAUGUUAUGGUGCAAUCUGCACCACCAGUACCAAAUGUCCAGAUACUGUCAGCACGAGAACAAUUGGCUUAUGCACCAAAUUUUAUGCAGAACCAACAAAUUUAUCACGAAAUUCAGAAAGAGUCAUCACAAAACGUUAGCAAGUUACAGAGUAGUUUGGAAUCUUUGCAACUGACGUAUACACCAAAUUUUAUGGCACCGAAUGUGCAACCUCAGAUAGUUUAUACAGUCAGAAAUAUGGGGAACGAAUUUAUGCAAAAACCAAUAAAUUGUGACAAACCUGAUACUGCCAACGUACCAAAUCCUCCAGAAUUUUCACAAAUAGUUUUACCACAAAACCAAGAAUUAGUCACCCCAAAUCCCUUACCAUCCCCCAAUACCAGCUUCCAACCCUACCACAAAGACUUUUACCCCCAUCAGGCAAUACUACCACGAUAUGCCUCUGCAGGAAGCCUUUGCCACGUGGCUUGCGGGUCCGAUAGACCUUUAACUCCAUCCAAAUUCCGGUCAGGACAACUCAAGGAAGCUUGGACCCAGACUGAUGAAAAAAAUAAAAGAAGAUCGGUUUCUUCUUCUGAUGGCGGUGCCAGCAGUGUUAGAAAUAAUGGUAAAAGGAGACCCUCGAAUGAGAGGCCUAAAUGGGGGGCUAAUAGACCCACUGUGAGAUACGUUACUCAGAGCGAAAAGGAUCCUUUUUAUGAAUUGAGGAGGAGCAAUGGGGGACGUAGGAAGCAUCGACAGAUUAGACUCAGAAGAGCUUAUGAAAUACAGCAAGAGUACAGCGUGGAUGGUUCCAGCGAAGACGACCAGCCAAACGACGAAGUCUUCUCAAAAUCCACAUCAGACCAAUCUUCGAACACAGAAACACCUUCCAAAAACCAAAAACCAAAACAGGUUUCCAGAAACAUCAUCCACCAGACCACAGAAAUCGUACCCCUGGUUCGUACUUCAUCAGGGCUCACCAGGAAAGACAGACUGGACGAGCAAAAUGAAAACCAGAAGAAAAAAUCAUCAAGGAAUAGAAAGUGGUCUAGUGGAAGUUCCAGUGAUGUGAUUUUGGAGCAACUGAUGACCGGAUCUGGUGUGUGGAAAAAUAAAGGAAUUGUUACCAGGAACGGUUGGAGGAAAAUUGAGAAAAAUGAAGGCAGUGAUGAGGAUUUGAGGACUAUUGAGCGGUUGGAAAUAGAAGAUUGA